AUGUACCGGUGCCGCUCCGCAUGGAAGCUGCUGGAGCUCGAUGACACGUAUCAUCUCUUCAGCCGCGGCUGCUCCACUGUGGUGGAUCUCGCAGCGGCGCCCGGUGGGUUUGCGCAGGUGGCGCUGCAGCGCAUGGCAGCAGCAUCUGCAAAGAAGCCGUCGCCUGUUGUCGUGGCGUUCGACCAGCGUCCGAUCGUUGCAAUGGAGGGCUUGUUUGCGGUUAAGUGCGACAUCAAUGACCACGUGCGUGUCAUGAAUCACACUGCCAGCUUACUGCGCAAGCUUCAGAGUAACAAUGAGCAGAUGCGGCGGUCCGUGCAGGUGGUUCUCCACGACGGCGUCUCUGUUGUGAAGGCGCAAUCGGCAUUCUCAGUAACGUAUGGACAAAACCAAAUGGCCCUAGGUGCGCUACGACUUUCCUGCUCUCUUUUUUCCUCACAGAGGAAGGGCACCGGCACUCAAUGUCCCACAGACACAACAUCCACGAAUGAUUCAAUGACCUUUGUCACCAAGGCCAUGCAUUCAACGCACUUCAACACGUUGCUCGAAGCCGUUAAGAGGUAUUAUAGUUGCGUGAAUGUCCACCGCCCAUCUGAGUGCAAAACAGAAAGUCUAGAGACGUACAUUGUGGCACGUGGGUUCAUGCCGCAACGAUGGAUAUUGGAAGAGAGGCGGGCGGCUGGAAGUCACCCACACCUUAGCGUGCCGCCGCAUCGGGAGGAUGUGCUUAGUGGGCGACAAGUAUUGUGGCGCUGCUGGGGCUGUCGUGCAGUUCGACUGGGUGCUGCGCCCUGCCCGCUCUGCAGUGUGGCGUUGUUUUCACGCUGA